AUGCUGCUUCUCUUUUGCCUUGUUGGAAGACACCAAUGGCAUCUACAGCCACUGGAAGACGCCGAAAGGUGUACGUACACCGGCAAGCUUGGACGUCAGACACCGGCGGCCGCCCGUUACUGCUGUGUUCACCUACUCACCGCUGUUGCCCCUGCGAAGUUCCGGUUUUUGAAUUUAAUGCCCUCUAGUGUAGAUUUAAAUAUGAUUGUCUUCCUCGCACUCGUAUGUAGUUUGGCUUUCAUGAAUCUGUCCAGCGGACAGUUCAACUUCCCGACAAUGGAAGCUGGAAAUAACACAGCACGGGAGUUUCGUGCGUAUCAACUUAUCCCGCGUCACACGCACGAUGUAGAGGGGGUUGACGCUGGGUCGAAUUUAUACAGCUUCGGAGCAGCGCGAGUGGACACACAUGAAGCGCGACUGGACACACCUGAAGCGGCUAGCUACCCCGUCACGCAGGAGCAGGGCGUGCAUGAACAUCCCAACGACAUGAACCCUUACGAGAUAGUGGACAAUUACGCUUCCAUCCUAGACACUGUCAAGCACGGGGUUGUGCUAGAGGCGAUCUUACCAUUGGUUACCAUGGCUCCGUUGCUGGUGUCUGCUGGUCUCGAAGCUGACAUGGACUGGACCGUCCCCGCGGCUCCUAAGGUGUCGUUCCCCAAGCUCGGACAAACGCACACUGUCUACAUGUUGAAGUGCUUUGUAUGA